UUCAAUUUAAAUUAAAAUGAAAUUUGCCGAGCACCUUACGGCACACAUUACGCCGGAAUGGCGUAAACAAUACAUCAACUAUGAGGAAAUGAAGGCAAUGCUGUAUGCAGCCGUUGAACAGGCACCGUCGGCCGAAUUGGUAGAUCCCGAAGUUCUAACACGUUAUUUUGCCAAAUUCGAUGAGCAAUUUUUUCAUUAUUGCGAUAAGGAAUUGGCAAAAAUCAACACCUUCUAUUCAGAGAAAAUGGCAGAGGCAACUCGCAAAUAUGGCAAUCUACGCAGUGAACUAACCGAAACUCUGGAAAUGGGCACCGUGAAAAAACAGCCGAAAUGGAAAUCGAAAACCCCACUGGGCAAACGAAAUGUACCGGCGCGUAAAUUACAGGAUUUAAAAUUGGCAUUUAGUGAAUUCUAUUUGGGAUUGAUAUUGCUGCAAAAUUAUCAGAAUCUUAAUUUUACCGGCUUUCGGAAAAUACUCAAGAAACAUGACAAAUUGUUGAAUGUUGAUUUCGGAGCGACGUGGCGUAAGGAGCACGUGGAAGCGGCCCAUUUCUAUGUUAAUAAAGAUAUCGAUCGUUUGAUACAGGAAACAGAAACCGCCUUUACUCAUGACAUAGAGGGCGGUGAUCGUCAGAAGGCCAUGAAACGUUUAAGAGUACCACCGCUGGGCGAGGCACAAAGUCCUUGGACCACAUUUAAAGUGGGAUUAUUUUCGGGUGCCUUUGUGGUCUUAUUCAUCACGGUCAUACUUUCGGCCACAUUCUAUGGAUUUGGAGAGGAUUGGCGGGUGGGGUUACGUAUGUUUCGUGGACCCUUCCUAAUUAUAGAAUGUCUCUUUUUGUGGGGUGUCAAUGUGUAUGGAUGGCGUUCGUCGGGUGUUAAUCACGUUCUAAUAUUCGAAUUAGAUCCCCGAAAUCAUUUAUCCGAACAGAAUAUAAUGGAAAUUGCCUCUGUAUUUGGUGUUCUAUGGGCAAUUUCUGUAUUAUUUUAUAUCUAUUGUGAUCUCCUGGGUAUACCACAAUAUGCUCCGCCUAUAUUCCUGUACACGCUCAUGGCGGCAUUUCUGCUCAAUCCAACAAAAACAUUCUAUCAUGAAGCUCGCUAUUGGUCGGUACGUGUGUUGAGUCGUGUGAUUAUGGCACCAUUUUUCUUCGUAAAUUUUGCGGAUUUCUGGCUGGCCGAUCAAUUGAAUAGUAUUGUGCCGGCCUUUUUGGAUAUACCAUUUGUGAUAUGUUACUUCCGACAGAAUCCGUCGUGGAAUAAAAUGGGUUUGGAAGGUGGCCGUUAUUGCAUUGAGGAUGUCUCCAUUGUACGACCUAUCGUUGCCCUGUUACCUGCCUAUUUUCGUUUUGCUCAAUGUAUACGCCGUUUUCGUGAUACCAAAGAGACCUUCCCACAUUUGGUGAAUGCUGCGAAAUAUGCUACAUCAUUUUUUGUGGUUAUCUUCUCCUACCUAUAUCAGACCACAAAUGGUGAGUAG